CCCGUACUGGGAGACCACAGCAGUCUGCUCUACUCAGAGGCAGUCAGCAUCCAACCAGCCAACCAAACAACCAGCCUGACCACUAAAGAGUGAUUGGACUGUGAGACCUCAUGCAGCUCACCAAGGAAGUGGCACCUCAGAACGGUUCCUAUAAGUGCGUGAUCGACGAUGACGAAAAAAGAUCUCACCAACUCUCUGUAAAAACAGACAUGACUCUGGAGUCCGUAAACCUGUUUGAGUGGGCUCGGGGAGGUGAUGUGUCCCAGCUGGAGGGCUUGGUGAGGAGGAACCCAGUGUUACUGAGGGAACAGGAUGACUCUGGUGCCUCUCUGGUCCACCACGCUGCUGGUGCAGGAAACACCCCUGUUAUCAGGUUCAUCUGCAGCAUCUCAGUCAGAGAUGGGUGGAAGGUGUAUGAUGACGAGGGGUCUAUGCCGCUGCACUGGGCUGUGGAGAGGAACCAGCCAGAGACCUGCAGGGCUCUGUUAGAGCUGGGGGCUGAACCUAACAUCCUCAACAAGGCCCUGAUGUCACCUCUACACCUGGCUGUUAGCCACACACACAACCAUCUGGUCCAGCUCCUGUUGUCUCACUAUAAGACAGAGUCUAACCUAGAAGGAGGUCUUGGCAACACUCCUGUCAUGUUAGCCUGCUCCAUCAAUAAUACUGAGGCGCUCUCUAUACUGCUGAGCCAUGGGGCGCGGCUCUCCAGUCAGAACAAACUGGGCCACUAUGCUAUCCAUGCAGCUGCCUUCGCAGGCUCAAAGAAAGCCAUGGAUGUCAUCCUCAAGGCUGGAGAGGAGAUGGGUCAUUCCAUAGAGGAACACAUUAAUUUCCUGGAUAAGUCAUACAGUAGUCCACUUCACCUGGCGGUCAGGGGAGGCAACAUGGACAUCAUCGAGUUCUGCAUCCACAAAGGAGCCAAGAUUGACCAACAACAGGUGGACCGGUCCACAGCUCUACAUUUUGCCUGUUCCCAGGGAGCUACAGAGGCAGUUAAACUGAUGCUGUCCUCCUACAGCAGACUGGACAGCAUCAUUAACCUGCCUGAUGGAGCCUGCCAGACACCUCUACACAGGGCAACUAUAUUUGAUCACACAGAAUUGGCGGAGUACCUCAUUUCGAAGGGUGCAGACAUUGACUACAUAGACAGUAAGGGUCUUUCCCCCUUGCUGCUGGCUACUAACUGUGGAGCCUGGAGAACUGUGGCUCUUCUGCUGUCCAAAGGUGCCAACGUGAAAAUAAAGGACCAAUCAGGAUGUAACUUCCUCCACCUGGCCAUCCUGCAACCCAAAGGCCUCAAAAACCUCUCCGGGGACGUCUUGCAGCACAACAGUGUGAAGGAUCUGUUGAGUAACGAGGACAACAAGGGCUGUACUCCUCUCCACUACGCCUGCAGACUGGGCAUCCACGAAUCUGUCAAGAACAUCCUGGUUCUACAGGUCUCUCUGGACCGCAAGUCCAAGGACAAGAAGUCUGCCCUGCACUUCGCUGCCCAGUAUGGUCGUGUCAACACCUGCCAGCGUCUACUGGAGACAAUCACAGACUCCCGUCUGCUGAACGAGGGGGACGAGAGAGGCCUGACCCCCCUACACCUGGCCUCUGGAGGGGGACACACCAAGGUGGUGGAGCUGCUGCUUCGUAAAGGAGCCCUCUUUCACUGUGAUUACAAAGGGAGGAGCUGUUUACACCAUGCAGCGUCAGAGGGGUACACCCAGACCAUGAAGAUCGUCCUGGCCACCAACAUCAAACUACUGGACAAGCUGGAUGAGGAUGGGAGCACUGCGCUGCACUUGGCAGCCCGGGAGGGUCACGUAGCAGCGGUGAGACUGCUGCUCCAGAGAGGGGCGGAGAUCAGCCUCAACAAGAACCACGCCUCCUUCUUCCACGAAGCACUGCAACAUGGGAGGAAGGACGUGGUUAACGCCAUUAUUGACAGUGACAGAUGUACUCACAUCCUGAGUAUGUUCAAACGUGAAGCUGGCCAUCGUUGUCCAGUGUUGGACCUGGUUGACUUGCUGCCAGAGUCUUGCAAGUACCUUCUGGAUCGCUGCAUUAGAGAAUCAGACGACGAUACCAGAAGUCCUGACUACCAUAUUGACUACAAUUUCCAGUGGCUUCAGGCUCCAAUAGCACUGACGAAGCAUGCAAAGGUAGACAAAGGCCUGAAGAUCCAGCCUCUGGCCGCUCUGAAUGCCAUGGUGAAAUACAACCGCAUAGAGCUCCUCUCACACCCUGUCUGCAAGAAAUACCUGGAGAUGAAGUGGGUGGCCUACGGGAGCGCUGCCCACCUUCUGAACCUGUUCGUGUACCUGCUGGGUCUGCUUCCUCUCACCCACCUCAUAGUGAGCCUGAGACCCAGCCUGGACUACACCGGCCCUGACAACACCACAGCUGUCACCAUGGUGCCCAUUUCCUUCAGAGAGCAAGGUUCCUUCCUGUCCAGCUGCAUGGUGAUGGUGCUGGUGAUGAACAUUUAUUCCAUGGGGAAGGAAGUGACGCAGAUGUACCACCAGCGUUUGACUUACUUCAAGGAUCCCUUUAACUAUCAGGACUGGACCGUGGCCAUCUUCUCUCUUCUCUUUGUCAUCCCCCUGAAUUUCAAUGUUGAGGGGUCAUGGUACUGGCAGGCUGGGGCGAUGGCAGUCUUUCAAUCCUGGAUGAGCUUCCUCUUCUAUCUGCAAAGGUUUGAGCACUUUGGGAUUUACGUGGUGAUGUUUAACGAGAUUGCGAAGACAUUGUGGAAAAUCCUACUGCUUUUCUUCUUUCUGAUGCUGGCGUUUGCCUUGGUCUUCCAUGCCCUCAUGCUCAAUCAGAAAGAGUUUGAGCGACUGGACCUGUCUGGGGUCCAGAUCUUUGUGAUGAUGGUUGGAGAACUGAAUUACCAAAGCAACAUUCUGGACAUAUACCUAGACAACAAACUUCCAUUUCCCUUCCUCACUUUCUAUAUGUUUGUGGUGUUUGUCAUCCUCAUGCCGAUCCUGCUGAUGAACAUGAUGAUCGGUUUGGCAGUCGGAGACAUCGCUGAGGUAAAGAGAACCGCAGGUCUGAAGAGAAUAGCCAUGCAGAUCGAGCUCCACACCAAUCUGGAGGAAAAGAUGCCGUACUGGUUGUUGAAGAGAGUAGACCAGUCAUUCUUCACCAUCUACCCCAACCGCAAGUGCUCCAAGGCCUCAAUACUUAAUUUCUGGAGUCAAGGAGAAACAAAGGAAGUGCAGACUCGUCUGAUGACCAACUCAUCAAAUUCAACCUCUGUCGAGGCUGAACUACGCAGACAGAAGUACAGACUGAAGGAGAUAUCCAGUGUGCUGGAGAAGCAGCACGACCUGAUGAAGCUGAUGAUCCAGAAGAUGGAGAUCACCUCGGAGGCAGACGAACAUGACGGGCCCACAGAGGUCAAAGGUUACAGGCAGAGGUCAAACUGGGGCAAAGCCAAGGGCUCCAACUGGAUCCCGCUGAUGAAGGUCCUCGAGCGCAAGAACGUUUGAGUCCUUCAAUUUACUGGUGACUAAGGGUUUGCAAAAUUCCAUUUUGUCGGUUUUCCAGGAAUCCUGGGAGAUCCCUGAGAUCAGAAAGGAAUAAACAGGAGAUCCCUGAGAUCAGAAAGGAAUAAACAGGAGAUCCAGGAACCUCCAACCAGGAUUUGUGAAAACCAGGGAAUUAUUUUAGGAAAGACCAGAAUUGUAAAUCCUCAUUCAUGACCAUCAACAAUAUGAUAAGAAUAUUUAAAAUAUAGAACAUUUUCAUUUUUAUAUAUACAAUACUUGAACUGAUAUUGUUUUCAAAUUUUACUCUCGGAUACUAUGAUUAGCAUGAAUGACUUCAUCAUUGGAGAUACUAUUUCUGAUGCACUUUUGAUUGGUUAAUUAUGGAUCUGUCUGUCUCUCUCUCUCUCUCUCUCUCUCUCUCUCUCUCUCUCUCUCUCUCUCUCUCUCUGUCUCUCUGUCUCUCUCUCUCUCUCUCUCUCUCUCUCUCUCUCUCUCUCUCUGUCUCUCUCUGUCUCUCUCUCUCUCUGUCUCUCUCUCUCUGUCUCUCUCUCUCUCUCUCUCUCUCUCUCUCUCUCUCUCUCUCUCUCUCUCUCUCUCUCUGUCUCUCUCUGUCUCUCUGUCUCUCUGUCUCUCUCUCUCUCUCUCUCUCUCUCUCUCUCUCUCUCUCUCUCUCUCUCUCUCUCUCUCUCUCUCUCUCUCUCUCUCUCUCUCUCUCUCUCUCUCUCUGUCUCUCUCUCUCUCCAACCACUAAACGUGUAUUUCUCAAUGUGUUCAUAGAUCCUUGUAUGCACAUAAUAAUAAUUGCAUGUGAUUAAAAUUAUUUGAAUAGUGUAUGUAUAUUUUAUCUGAAUGGUUGUAUUUUGGAUGGAACCAUUAAAAAUUGUCAAAUCGUCCCCAUA